UCCAUUUUUUUUUUUUUUUUCACAAUUAUCCCCUUCAGUACCGUUGGAGAGACGCCCAUUGCUUCCUUCGUCGGGAUCAGAAUAUUUCUCAACAAAGAAACCCUUCAAGUGAGAUCACCCAAAUAUACUUCCACUCAAUCUGCCGAAACUCAAGAAUUUUAUCCCUCCUCUGUUAAGGUCGCUGAUUGACUUAGUAGAUGAUUGGUGGAUUCCAAGUCUUCUUAGUUCGGUGGAAACUUGAAAUUUUAGUCUAAAUACUUCUAUUUCCUAUAAUCCCAAUAGUAAUAUAAUAUUGAACUUUCUUGUCUGCAUCCUUGGAGUUUCCUUUGAGUUUCAUCUCUUGGAUGGCGUUUUCGCACACGACUCUUUGGACAGUGACUGUUACAAGAACGAUAAAACAUUGCCCAAGCUUUGGACCUUUUGGUUGCUUCUUGGAUGUCUUCGCUGUGAUUUUUGGGCUAUUGGGUUUCUUUCAGGGAGCUUAAUUUGUGAAUUUCUUGCUGGUGAGGAGUAGGGGGUGUUCUGUCUCUACCCUCUUUAUUGUUGUGGCUGUUUGGUUCAUUUAGAUUUAUUUUUAGUUGAUCUCUUCUUGUUGCAAUGAUUGUUUGAUUAUGGAGUUUCUUUUUUAAAUGGGUCCUUCUUUUUCUUUUCUGAAUUUGUAGGGUUACUUGGUUUUCAUUCGUUUCUUGCUCUGAAUGUUGUUUUGGGUUUUCUUUCUUAAGAAGGCCCUUGAUCAGUAAGCUUGUUAAGUUGUUGAAUUUUUCUGUGAUUUGCAUUUCCCUCUUGCGGCCUUUAAUUUUCUCAUUGAUAAGCGUUUGAUUCCUGCUUUCUUCAUUGAUUUGCUGCUUCUCCUCCCCAGCAAAAAAUAUCUUUUAUUGGGUUUUUCCUCUUCUUUUGCAGAGAAUCUAUCUGUUCCCGUCAGGCUUUCCCGUUCUACAUGGUUUUUAGUAUUCUUGGUGUUGUUUCUUGAGUUUGGUUUUCUUUCUUUCGGUCUAUUUUUCUGGUCAAGGAAGUUGGGAUAAUGAGAGGUAAAGGAGGAGCAUCAGGAAACUACUUUCAGUUGAACACUGGGGCUAAAAUUCCAGCUAUAGGUCUUGGAACAUGGCAGAGUGGAGGAGACCUCUGCGUCGAAGCUGUAAAAACGGCCUUGAAGGCUGGUUACCGUCAUAUAGACUGUGCCCAUCUUUAUGGGAACGAGAUUGAGGUUGGGGAAGCACUGGCUGAAGCUUUCAAGGGUGGCCUCAAGAGAGAGGAGAUUUUCUUGACUUCUAAGCUGUACUGUGGUUCUAAUUCUAUCAAGAGAAUUGAGAAUUCUGUUAGAGUUUCACUUCAAAACCUUGGAGUAUCCUACUUGGAUCUCUAUUUGGUACAUUGGCCUGAGUGUUCAGCUUUUGGUGAUGCUACUGAUCCUCCUUGGAAGUCAGGGACUGAGUAUAGGCAAUUUUUACUCAAAUUGAAGCCAACAUGGAAAGCAAUGGAGGCUCUAGCGGAGUUGGGUCUGGUUCGAGCUAUUGGUGUCAGUAAUUUCGGUCUUCAGCAGAUAGAAGAACUGGUUAAAUUUGCAAAGAUUGUACCAGCUGUGAAUCAGGUGGAGUUGCACCCUUUCUGGAGGCAGGAUGAACUUGUAAGACUUUGUCAAUUGAAAGGAAUCCACGUCUCUGCACACACUCCUUUAGGUGUUCCUGCUUCCAUCCCUGGACCGUCAGAUAGUGGAUCAUCAGGUGGUGAAGAUGAACCUGGGACACCUCGGAUAUCAUUCAGAAGAUCAAGAUCAGUACAUGGGCCCAUGUUGAAAUUGUCCGUUGUUGCAGAAAUCGCUGAACGCCAUAAAAAGACACCUGAGCAGGUUAUUCUACGCUGGGGACUACAAAGAGGAACCAUUGUCCUGCCUUGCAGCCUGAAUCCUGAAAGGAUUAGAAAAAACAUAGAUAUCUUCAAUUGGUCCCUAUCAGAUGAUGAAUGGAACCAGUUGAACAGGAUUGAACCACAAGUAUGCCUCUUUGGGAACUGGCCUGUCAGUUCAUCCGAGAGUGGUUUCUUCUCUGGUAGCGGUGGAUUGUUCUCGGGAAGUAGUCCUCUCCAAGCUGUGUAUGAAAUGGAAGAUGACGUUGAAUAAAAUAAUGUUAGAGACAUUAUAUGAGUGGGAUCAUUUCAUUUUUUCUUCAUGUAAAAUUUUCCUUUUUCAUUUCCAAUAUCUCUUCUGUAAAACAAAUAGAUGUCCCUAAUGGAGGGAAAUAGCGAUAUUAUUGCAAUCCCAAGAUAGCAAAGAAUGUGAAAUAUUGUGUCGGAAUUAUGAAUUUGAUGUACACAUUAUGGCUGAAAUGCUUAUUCUCCUCUGUAGUAUAUUCAAUUGACAAUCUAAUUUGUGAUGCUUUCUUACACUAAACAUUAUAGAUGAAGCUAGACCAUGCUUGUUAUUUAUUUAUUUUCAA